CCGGCGGCGGCGGAGGACGCAGAGGACUCCCGCCACACGUCCUCGGUACGCUGGGCGUCCGGGCGCUGAGCCUGCACCCCGAGCUGCGGCCGCACUCGCCAGGCACUUCUCGCCGCCGCUGCAGCCCAGAGGCGCCCCGGAUCCCGGAGCUCACCGGAGCCGGGGGUCCGAGCUGAGAGGGCGACCGUAAAACCGCAAGACGGGUGACUCGGAACCGACGAGAAACAGGGAAGGCCCGAGGGUCGCGGGCGCGGGGCCGUCCAGCUCCGACCCCUGGGGUCCCCCGCCCAGCGGGGAAGGCAGCUGAGCGAAGGCGAGAGAGCGGCCGCGGCCCGGGGACUCUCGGCCCCAGCUGACCCGAAGGCACCGACUCCCGGUCGGUUGCGCGCAGCAGGGCGGGAGGGGCGCCCCAUGGAGGCGCCGGGUGGCGCCGGUCCGCGCAGGGCUAAGUGAGGCGGCCGGGCCGGGGUCGGCGGCCCCACGGGCCAUGUACGGCGACGUGUUCAACGCCACCGGCGGCCCCGAGGCGGCGGUAGGCGGCGCGCUGGCCCUGGCAGCCACGGUCAAGGCAGAGGGCGCUUUGCCGCUGGAGCUGGCCACCGCGCGCGGGAUGCGGGACGGCGCGGCCACAAAGCCCGACCUGCCCACCUACCUGCUGCUCUUCUUCCUGCUGCUGCUCUCCGUGGCGCUCGUCAUCCUCUUCAUCGGCUGCCAGCUGCGCCACUCGGCCUUCGCUGCGCUGCCCCACGACCGCUCGCUGCGCGACGCCCGCGCGCCCUGGAAGAUGCGGCCGGUGUAGCGGUGGAGCGAGCCAAGGCCGGCGGGCGCCGUGUCCCGGUCCUGCCACGAGCGAUCGGUACGAGCCGGGCAGGGCGGGCCUGACGCAGGGGGGUCGCUGGCCGCUGGGAACACAGCGCUCUGACCCAAAGACUCUUCCUGACCUCGAGCGGCAAGCUGGGCGUAAAAGGAGUCUGAGGCGUUAGGAGGCUGCUCAGGGUCCGGAUCCUAGUAACCGCAAGGCACCAAGGCUCUGAUCCCCUGGCUGGAUCUUUCUUCCCCUGGACAGCGGGUGCAGCCGGUCGCCUUCCUAAACGACGGCGCGCCCGCCCGGACCCAGGAGCCUUCCUUUCCACCUGCUGACUUCCUUACUUUGCACACGAAGGGGCAGGCACGACGAGAGGGCAACUAGCCUGGACCUGCCCUGUCCGGACGCCCUGGCCCCGUGGCUGUCUUCCCGAGGCUGCUACCGCCUCUCCCGCUCUGUGUCACCAAGGACUCUGCUAGGAUCCGAGAGUGAAUUCAGCUGGACUUUGGAAUGAUGGCCCUCCAGGGCCAUGUUCCCUGGGGGAAGAGAGGGGACACGGAGUUUCAGUAGGUCCCGCUGGGGUCCAAGGACUCAGUUUUCUUUGUGGGCACAGGCGGAGGGGUAGCCAGUCUAGAGGUGGCGGGUCUCACCUGCAGCACCCUGGGGUGGGGAUCCGUCCCACAUCUCCAGGG